AAAGCCGGCUGCCCAGCACCCGAAGGCCCGUGGGAAGUUGUACUCCCUACCCGCGUAACAGGAAGUCAGUGGUCCCAUAGGGAGCUGAGCUUGGACGCAGUCCCCCUUGUCGGCUUGUCCAGAGUGAGCUCCAGGAGUGCUUUUUGUAGUUUUCCUCAUUGCACCACACUGUGUGUAUAUUAUCUUCAGAUUUCCCUGAAGAAAACCUCAGCUCUGUAGCUGUAAGGCUUCAUUCACAUGGGACAGAAUUUUUCUUACCUGUACUAGUUCUUGAGAUAUGAAAUGACAUGAACAAGCAUUUAGAUCAAGUAGAGAUUCUCUUGUUAAAAGAACAAAUGUUCUAGGGGUUAAUUCCCUUUCAGCAUUAGUAAUUUGCUGUGGAAUUGCUAAUGAAUUUAUUUUAGUCUCUGAAAGUGAGGGAAGCUAAAUGCUUAGGGAGUAAUUUUUAGUAAAAUAGGAGAUUUGGUGUGUUUCAUAGAUGUUUGUUUCAUGUAAAUCAUUCUUAAGUUUUUAUCAUAUAGCUAAAUUAUUGUAAUGGUAGAAUUGCAAAAUAAAUGUUAAGUAAAAAUGCUUUACCUUAUGUUAGUCCUGUUUGUCUAAAGCUAGAGAGGUUCUGUUUUGACAGUGUUAAGAAGUUAAUGAUGAAAUUCCUCUUUAAGGAAAGACACUGUACAAAUCUGUUGAACAAAUCACAUUUGAAUUUCUUCUUCUGGAAAUCUUAGCAAGAAGGCUCCCUGUGCGCCCAGCAUUGCCUGAAUAACCUCCUGCAAGGAGAGUAUUUUAGCCCUGUGGAGCUGUCUUCCAUCGCGCAGCAGCUGGAUGAAGAGGAGAGAAUGAGGAUGGCCGAGGGGGGCGUGACGAGCGAGGACUACCGCACCUUUUUACAGCAGCCUUCUGGAAAUAUGGAUGAUAGUGGGUUUUUCUCUAUUCAAGUUAUAAGCAAUGCCUUGAAAGUUUGGGGUUUAGAACUAAUCCUGUUCAACAGUCCAGAGUAUCAGAGGCUCAGGAUCGAUCCCAUAAAUGAAAGAUCAUUUAUAUGCAAUUAUAAAGAACACUGGUUUACAGUUAGAAAAUUAGGAAAACAGUGGUUCAACUUGAAUUCUCUCUUGACGGGUCCAGAAUUAAUAUCAGACACAUACCUUGCACUUUUCUUGGCUCAAUUACAACAGGAAGGUUAUUCUAUAUUUGUUGUUAAGGGUGAUCUGCCAGAUUGUGAAGCUGACCAACUCCUACAGAUGAUCAGGGUCCAACAGAUGCAUCGACCAAAACUUAUUGGGGAGGAAUUGGCACAGCUGAAGGAGCAGAGAGGCCAGAAGGCUGAUCCGGAGCAGGACUCGGGCCCGGACGACGGGCCGGGGGCGGCGCUGGAGGAGGAGGAGCUGCAGCGGGCGCUGGCGCUCAGCCGCCGGCAGGCGGACGCCGAGGACGAGGAGGCCGACCUCCGCCGGGCCAUCCAGCUCAGCAUGCGCGGUAGUUCCAGAAAUGCAUCUCAAGAUAGUCCACAGACAUCAGGUACACAUCUUACUUCAGAAGAGCUACGAAAGAGAAGAGAAGCCUACUUUGAAAAGCAGCAGCAGCAGCAUCAACAACAGCAGGAUCCACCAGGACAGCUUUCACCGCCGUGUGAAACACCGACCCCAAAUUCAGAAGCACUUGGCAGUGAUCUAGGUGGUCUGAGUGAAGAAGACAUGCUUCAGGCAGCAGUGACCAUGUCUUUAGAAACUGUUAGAAAUAAUUUCAUAACAGAAGAAAAAAAAUAAUACCUUUUACAAAUGUCUAAAAUAUUCAUACUUUCCAACAUUGUCCUGUGUGGUUAAAGCAUAGGGUCCAUUUUGGUAGCGUGUCAAAGAGAACAGUGUUCAGCAGAGGAAAUGAGACUUUUAGGUGGUUUGCAAACAAAAAGAAGAGAAGGUAGAAAAAUGCAUCAGUGGUAGGACUAAAUAACGAACCUUCAAAUACUAGCCAAAGCGUCCAGCAGGUAGAGAAAUUUAUACUAGUUUUCUCAAUGUUUUUUCAUUUUUGAGUGCAAUAUCUAACUUGUCUAAAAUUAGGGCAUUUUUUUUGAGUCUUUUUGCAGACCAACUAAUAAGCUCUUGCCACAGAACUGUCCCCAUAUAUUUUGUUUUCUUUUCCUCCCUCUGUGUAGGCAGCUUGGCUCACUUUCAUUACCUAAUAGUUGCUUCUAUGUCUGAUUAACUAAAUUAACUUUUUUGGACAGUGUCUCUUCUCUGUGUUGAUAAUGGUUCCAGUAAUAUUUCCAGAAGGAUAAGUGUCCUCCCUUCCCCUGUGUAUUGUGCACUUGGGUGUUUUCUCAUGUUAUUGUCUGAUUGCAAUUUAUCUGCUACCUGGUUUUUAUUUUUCUACAACUCUUAAAAGGUGGUAAUCUUCCUUGAGGUUUCUCUUUUGAAGUCCUCCAAGAUGGGAUCAUUAUUUCAUGAUUCUGGUGCAUUCCUAAACUCUGAAGUCAGCUCUGCACAAGUAUGUAAGAAUAAAUGAGCAUUUCUAAAAUGUGUGAGCACAUCCUUUCCCAGAUGCUUCCUGAACAUCAUCUCAGUUGUCAGAACUGUGCAGCUUUGCCGUGACCCUCUAUCCAGCACCUUUUACUUCCUCUUCUCCAGCUGAGAAAAGCAGAAGCCCAGUAUCCAAGCAGGUUUCCUUCUGUUGUAAGACAACAUCUAAUACCCACCAUGAAUGUGUGAUAGACAGAAUUUGGCCAUCAAUUUUAAUAGCAGGUUCAUUUUAUUUUUUUCCCUUGCGAUGGAGCUCUCUGUUCUAUUUACAGCUGAGCCAUGGAAUGUGGAUGUCGGCUUCUGCUGUACAUCUAAUAGGUAUAGCUCGCCAGGGAUCUGGAACAUGAAAAUAAUUUACUAACAAAAUGUAUUUAAAUUUACACUGUGAUUUAACACUUGCAUCAUGUUGAAAAUAGCUUAAAAGUUAUAGAAGUCACACAGUACUGAAUGGGUAUGUAAAUAAGAAAGUCUUUAGUUUUGAUAAACAUUCUUUAAUUGGGAUGCCCAGUGUGUCUUGCUAGGUCAAUACAAUGGUAUUUUAGGUGAAAAUUAACCAUGUCUCAUUGAAGUGGAUGUUUUAGAUCCUGUCACCUACUCCACAUCCCUUAUUUUCCAUCCCCCUUUUAAAGCCCUUUUGAAUGUUGAAUUGUUCAUAAGCUAAAAUUAAGAAGACAUUUCAGCCGACGACUUAGAAAAUUAAAGUUUGGUAUAUUGCCAUACUGUCGUGUGGCUGCACACAUUAUCAGGGAAAUUUUUUUGAUCUAGGAUUUAUUGCUAAGUGAAAAGAGAUGAGAAAAUGCUUUUUAUUUAUGAUUAUGAUAUAGCUUUUUCUUGGAAAGAGACAGAUUUUUUUUAGUUACUAUUUUGUGCCAAAUGAAGUCUUCUGAAGUUUCCCUUAAAAAAUUAAACAGUUGUACUUUAAAAUCUAGUUUUCUUUUGACAAUUGAAAAUGUUUCAGAAGAAUUGUAAAACUUUAGAACUGUAAGUGAUGUUAGAGUUAGUACUACUCUCUCAAGACUUACAAAUCAAAAUACUUGGCCUUUACUUUUUCCCAUUGAAAAUUUACAUAAAACUUCAUACACUUGAUUAGCUACCUGAUAUAAAAAUGAGAGGACGAAUAUGCAUAAGUUUUAACCUAAAGUUUAUAAAGUUCUUAUAUUAACCACCCUUGUUAAAGUCUUUAGGGAAAUAUGGUGUGUUGUCCUUCAUUUGUUAGGGAUUUUUUAAAAGCAAAGCUGAGCACACACUGGAUACAUUUGAAUGUGUGUAGUUUGUUGUGACAUUGUUAUAUUUGGCAGGCAGAUCCAGAAUCACUAGUAAGCUGCCAUCUUGUUUGGAUUGGCUUAAGUUUAAUUGAACAUUUAAAUUCCAUUCAUUGGCCAGUAUAAAAAGAUGCCAAAGCUCAUAACCACAGUAUCAGAAAAUUUAAAAGUUACAAAAAGCUAUAGAUCACAUAUCAGGAACUGCUGUUUACUAUAAACUACCUGCAAGAAAGGAACAAUAAAAUUCACAACUGUCCUGCUAACAAGUUUAUAUUAAGAUUUCCAUUCUGUUUUACCAAUUGGGAACACCUUAAUGUUUAAUAUUUAAACUAUUGGUAUCAUUUUUCUAAUGUAUAAUUUGUACUACCAGGAUAAAAUACAUACAGUGGCAAUACUAGUGUUAUAAGUAAAGUUUAAAACAAGCUUUGGAAAUGCCACUUUUAUAUUUUGAGAUGUCAUGGAUUUAAUAAAUAUUUAUUUAUGUUUUAAAAUUCAGACUAACCUCUGGAUCUAAAACCAUCAAUAUACAUUUUUACAGUAAUUAACUUACAGAUAUUUCAGUACUGUAAAUUGUUUGAAGCGGUUGCUGUAGUUAAGCUAUAUUUUAGCUCUAAGAUCUUGGCCAAAUAAUUUACAAUUCACAGAAUAUUUGAGGUGCUUUUUUCUUUUAACUUGAUUUUUCUUAAUUAAGACUUUAUUCAUGCCAAAGUUAAUGAGGAAAAAACCUUAAAACUAGUUAAGACUCAUUAUAGGCAAAACUACCAAUAGUCUACAUUGUUUCAUUUAAUAUUAAGUUCAAUAAAGUAAAUUUUAUUUCAAUCAAAGCCUGAAUCACAUUUUUAAUGUGUGCAUGUUUGAUAUUGUAUUUAAUAGUAUCAUGCUACUGCCAAGAUUUACUAAAUGUCUUAUAAUUGGCCCAUUGGACCUGUGCAAAUUCAAAAAAGAAUUGAUUCAGUAUAUAAAUUAUAAUUGAAAUAUCUUCGGUUGAAAAAUGUUGAUGUUUUAAAUUCUUAAGAUUCAAUAAUUAAUAUGGAUGACUUCCUAUUAAAAACGUGACCUACAAUUAGAGAGGCCUAUGACCAUUACUUCCAAAGUAAAUUGUUACCUCUGGGCCCUCACAAGUACAAAGAUGUUAUGUAUGUGAUCUUAAUUAAGAAAAACCAGAUUGGAUCAACUAAUCUCGGCAGUGUAGAUCUUUUUUUUUUUAAUCCUUACCCAAGGACAUGCUUAUAGAGAGGAAGUGAGAGCGAGAGAGAGAGAAACAUCGAUCGGUUGCCCUCUGUAUGUUCCCUGAAUGGGAGUCAAACCCAAAUCCCAGGCACAUGCCCCGACUGGGAAUCAAACUGGCGACCUUUCAGUGCACAGGGUGAUGCUCAACCAACUGAGCCACACUUGCCAGGCUAAUAUUUUAAAAUAAAAGCUUUCCUUCAUUCCUGGUCCCUUUAUAACCAGCAUCUUUUGCUAAAGAAGUAAACUCUUGUAUUUUUUAGUCUUAUACAUAAAAAUAUUUUUGUUCCAUUCUGCUUUCAUGGAUGAAAAGAUUAUUGCGUGGUUGGUUAAUUCUUGAAUUUUGAUUUUUUUUUAAUUUGAAGAAAACCUUUGCUGUUUUCAUUUUUCCCAAAAUGAUAUGGCAUUUUAAGAAUUAAUACUAGCAACAUCACUUGUAAAUUCACAGUAAUUGGCAUGCUACAUUAAUAAUAUAUCAAUACUACUAUGGACUCAUAGGCAGUGGGGAGCAAUAGUGAAAUGUGUUGAGGAGGCACUUCAGUUUUCUCUUGCAUAGUUCAGAGGUGAAUGUUUCUGGGAAUGUUUUUAGUGCUUUUUUUUUUUAAAGAGGAAAAUGUACAUUUGAAUGUGGUUAUCUAAUUUCUAUAACACUGGAUUACUAAGAAUAACUUUUUAAAGGUCACUCUUCUAUAUAAAGAAACUAUUUGAAAUUCAAGUACAAAAAAACAUCUGAAAUAAAAAGCAUUGUGUUUUGGCCAUGAUACAACUGCACUGUGACGGUGCCAUUUGCUCAGGACUGGACUCUGCAGCCCUUCUGUGUCCACCCCUCUGAGUUCUUUUGCUGUUGUUACACACACAGGCCUUCCUGUCUGGUCCUUAGCAAAGCUGGGCUUCCAAAUCACUGUUGAACACUGAGGAUUCUAUUGUUAAUGUGGAUGUUCUAUAAGUUGUAUUUUAAAUAUCAAAGAUUAUUAAAUAAAGGUAAUGUUUGCUUUUUUA